AUGUUUUUAGCUAGAAGGUCACUAGGGGUAGCAGCUCAAGUCUGCAGCAAGCCACAAUUCACGGCUCCAGUGGCGACAAGACCACGAUACUAUGCUACAGCCGGCUCUCCCAACGUCCUCCUCCUUAUAGAACACAAGGACAACAAAAUCGCACCAUCAACAUUAAACGCCCUAACUGCUGCAUCAAAAUUGGCAUCAUCCGUCACAGCUCUGGUAGCUGGUCCAACUCCAGAUGCUGUAGCUGCCACCGUAUCAAAUCUAGCCGGCAUUUCCAAAGUCAUUGUAGCCAAAGAUGCUGCAUAUGAUCACGGAUUGCCCGAAUUCUUUGCUCCAUUGAUUGUGGCUGCUUCACAAGCUGGUGGAUUUACUCAUAUAGUGGCUGCUCAUACCGCUUUUGGAAAGAAUGUGCUGCCACGUGCUGCUGCCCUAUUGGAUGUAUCUCAAGUAUCGGAUGUGGUGUCUGUCGAGGGACCUGAUACAUUUGUGAGGCCUAUAUACGCAGGAAACGCUAUGGCCAAAGUACGAUCAAAGGACACCAUCAAGAUACUCACAGUUCGAAGCACAGCGUUCCCUCCUGCUGUAGCUGCUGGUGCUAACGCGUCUACUGAAUCGGCCCCAUCUGCUGAAAAGUCAUCAACCACCACAUGGAUCAAAGAGGAAUUAUCAAAAUCAGACCGGCCAGAAUUGGGUGCUGCCAAGAUUGUAAUUGGUGGUGGACGAGGAAUGAAGAAUGGAGACAAUUUCAAGAUCUUGUAUGCUUUGGCAGACAAGCUUGGAAAUGCAGCUGUGGGAGCAUCCAGAGCGGCUGUUGAUGCUGGAUAUGUCAGUAACGACCUACAAAUCGGUCAAACUGGCAAGAUCGUUGCUCCUGAUCUUUAUAUUGCCGUCGGAAUCUCUGGUGCUAUUCAGCAUCUCGCCGGCAUGAAGGAUUCCAAGACGAUAGUAGCCAUCAACAAGGAUCCUGAAGCUCCCAUUUUCCAGGUAUCGGACUAUGGUCUUGUUGAGGACUUGUUCAAGGCUGUCCCUGAACUAACCAGCAAGGUGUAA